CUUUGAUAUUUCAGGAACAGAUGCUUUGAUUUUUCACAAGUUUACUCGAAGGUGGACUUGUACCCUUCCCAACAUGCCUACAAUUGCUAUAAAUUUGCAUGAUGUUUGUCCUAAAUUUUGUACCGGAACGAACACAGACUCCUUCCACUUUUCCUCGCGUCGAAACAACUACUGCAACUAUUUCAACUAGUCGUGUGUGAGUAAGAGUUGUCUAAUACAGUCUUCACGAACACUAGGACGAGACACAAUGAGUCGUUCGCUUUCUCAAGGUCUUCGUUCCCUGGUCGGACGUAGUGCGCGACAUCGGGCAACCGCAUCAUCCACGAUACGCGAAGUCGCUACAGGUGCUGCACAUAGUCAAGCCCUCCAAACCGAGAAAGUCUUGUCGCGAGACAAGAACCUGAGAAGAUUCUACUCCUCAUGGUCCUCCUCUUUUACCGCUCCAGCCGCAGCAGGUGCGACAACAUCAAGCAGCAGCAUCCCAAGCUCGACGACGCCAAACCAAACGAAAAAUGCACGCGACAUCAUUGGUCAUCACCACCAGCAGCGCCGCUCGUUCUUGACCGGAAAUUCUCCAGCUAGCUCGAGUACUUGUCCGCCAGAUGGUGCGGUUGCACGCGCACUGCAAUUACGGCUUCCUCUGAUCCAUCUUCGCAAGCAUCUCAGAGCCGUUUUCAAGAGAGAAACAGCCUCAGGAUGGGCUUGGAAAUGGAUUAGGCUGAGCUUUAAUGCAAGCAUCGGAGAGGACUUUUCGUCUCAGCCGGACCUCCAAUGGAAUGCGCGUUGCGAGUCUCAACGCUGUCUCCGACAGUACGGUUACGGUCGGAGUAUGGAUUGACGCUGGAUCGCGUUACGAGACACGGGAGAGCAACGGAGCCGCGCACUUCCUGGAGCACAUGACGUUCAAAGGGACGAAGCGACGGACGCGGCACCAGCUGGAAACGGAAAUUGAAAACAUUGGCGGUCACCUGAACGCAUACACAAGUCGAGAACAAACCGUCUACUAUGCGAAGGUUGGAUCAGCUUGAUACAGUGAUUAGCCCAUAAAUUGAGUUAAGUAGCUCAAAGUUAAACUUUUGUCUCUCACCAGUGGAACUGCCAAAUUGCUGCUGUUGACGAAAAAGUACGUAUAUUUAUAUACUUUCACUCCGUUAUAAUACAAACAAACUCGCGCUUGGAGUUGGAAUAUCUACAACUACAGGUUUUUCCAGAUGAUUUGAUGCAAGCGUUGGAUAUCCUUUCUGAUAUCUUGGGGAAGAGCUCCAUUCACCAUCGUUCCGUAGAGGAUGAGCGCUCUGUUAUCACCAGAGAAAUGGAAGAAGUGGAAAAGAGUGUCGAGGAAGUCAUCUUCGAUAGAUUACACCUAGCGGCUUUCCGAGACCAUAUGCUAGGGUAUUGAUUUUUGCUUUUACGACUAGGACUACGACUACCGCCCACAGCUGCUUAGCAAAGUAGACAGUAAUAAUUUUGGACAGAAUCGGCGAAUUCUGUCGAUUUCUGUCGGAAGGCUGCGAGCCGGAACGUCCACUCGCGGAGGCCAAGACGCGCACUGGCGCAAACGAAACGCGGAAGCACCUGGUAAGCUUUCCUGUCGGAAGUGGUAAGCUUCUUGCUUGGUCAGGUUUGGUUUUCAUUUUCUGGUGGGAGCAAGUAGCCAAUACCAUGCGCGCUGUGGCUUAAACUUAGUAGAAGUGAAGUUAGCUCGUUCUUCAAGUGGAGCGGACCGGAGCGAACGCGGGAGCCUACUGGGAGACGGACGCGCUUGCUUUGGAUGAAAGGAGAAGCGUCUUGCUAUUAAGCGCGGCAGUUUUUCUCAAUCAAAAAGCCUACCCUUACCUCCAUGAAAUACUUACUCUCAUCUACAAAAAAAGUAGCUUCAUCCUACCAAAAAGGCUCUUUCCCCUACACCUAUCUUGCCUCCCCCACCUCCGAAAAAUCUCCGCAAAGCCUUCAGGUCUGGCGAAAGGUUGUAGCUUGGUACUGGGCCGCACCUUUUGGGGCUUGUCGUCGGCUGGCUGAGGCGCAAUCUGCCUCCGCCGCGGCCCUCUCUCUGUUCCACCGAGCGGCCUUUUUCUGACGGACCGAAACGCGCAGCAGCCGGCUGCGAGCUGAUUUUUGCAUCUUCCAAAGCUUGAGGACCGGAGUCCCCAAAGUCUGAAAGUCGCAAGUUUCGACCUUGGAAGCAAGAAAAUCCCGCGACUUCGGGCGAUUUUAUGGGGAUUCUAGCUAAAUCGCCUGAAAGCCUAAGCUUUUUGGCCAUUUUGGCCCGCUUCUUACCCGCAAGGUCGAAAGUUUCGACUUUCAGACUUUAAGACCUCCAGCCCUCAGGCUUUGAAAGGUGCAGAACCGAUCUCGCAGCCGGCUGCUGCGCCUAUCGGUCCGUCGGAAAGUAGCCGCUCGGUGAAGCAGAAAGGAGGCCACGGCAGCCCAAAAGCUCAAGAGGAUGCGAAUCCCCAUCAGGCCACAAGAUUUCGCCAGAAGUGGCCGCGCUGCGGAGCUUUUGCGGAGGUGGUAGAGGCAGCGUAGGUAGAGGGGGACGAGUCUUUUUGGUAGGAGGGUAUGGCUUCUAUUUUGUGGAUGGAAGUAAGUCCUUGGCGGAGGUAAGAGUAGACUUUUGUGGAUGAAAAAAUUAACAUGCUUAACAGGAAGAUCCUGCCUCCAUCCAAAGCGGGCGCCUCCCUCUCCCAGGACGAGGCUCUCGCGCCCGCUCCGGUCCGCUCCACUUGAGGAACGAGCUGGGUUUACCUAGCUAGCUGACUUCCUUUCUACUUCGUUUGGGUCACGGCUCGACGGAGAGUUACUACUUGCGCCCAACAACAAAAACAAACCUUGUCAAGCAAAAAGCCUACCUGUUCCCAUUGGAAAGCGUGCCAGGUACUUUCGCGCUUCCUUUCCGCCAGUGGAUGUCUUCGGCUCCGCCUGUGUCCGUCUUCGUCUCCCCCAGUGCGCGUUCCGGCUCCCCGUUUUCCGACAGAAAUCGACAGAUUUCCCAGAUUUGUCGAAUUUUGUCGAUUUCUAUUAGUGUCUACUUUGCUAAUUUGUCCAUUCAUGCGCUGCUAUGUAUCUCUAAAGUUAUAAUGGUCAAAGUACUUCUGAGACGUGUACGCGGAAGUUGAGAAUGAGACUGCCAGCUUGAUGUAGUGGUAGUCUCACUCUUUGUCUUCUGCUUGAAGAUUCCAUCAUGAUGAUGAUGAACAAUACUCAAUACAUUCUUGUUCUACGCAUGAUCGUUUUUCUUUUGCAGGGCCACAAUUCUCGGUCCAGUGGAGAACAUCCAUCACUUGCAGCAACACCAUCUGAAAGACUAUGUAGAGAACAAUUACACGACCGAUCGCAUGGUCGUCAUAGCUUGCGGCGCUGUGGAUCACGACAAGUUAGUGACCGCUGUCGAGCAAUAUUUCCAGGAUUUCCGCACGGAGCCACUAGGCUUUACACCGUAUACGCAACCAGAGUGGAUGCAGAGGCAACGCAUUGGCACCUCCGGAACGAAGUAUUCCUUUGACCCCCUUGGAACUGGUGUCUCCGAGGAGGGUGGACCUGGAGGUAAAGACAGCAACGCGAUAAAAACCUCAUCUCCACCUUUGUCGUCCGAGGAGCGAGCGCGAUUUGGUGCGACGACAGCAACGGGGCAACAAGAGUCGCUGUCUGACCCUGCGCCCGCCAAACCGCGCUUUUGGGGCGCAGAGCUUUUAUACAAGACCCCACUGGGUGAGAAAACGUCAUUGCAGAGUCAUAACCCUGAGCAAGCGGCGGCUUCGCAAUUAGCGCAUUUCGCCAUAGCUUUUGAGGGCGUCUCAUGGACGUCGCCUGACGCCGUCCACUUUAUGCUCCUUCAGUCCUUACUGGGUGUCUUCAAGCGCGAUGAGUCUCAAAAACUGCUACCGGGGGUGUUCUCGGCCAAUCCGCUCAUUCGUGCGGUCACAUCGCGCCUCGAACAGACGCUACUCAGAAAAUUGAUCGAGUGCGGCCCCGCAACAAUACAAAAGCCUGAGCUAGUUGUGCCUGUCACAGCAGAAGGUGCAAAUGCAGCAGGAACUGAUGAACUGACUGCAUCUGCGGUAUCAGAUGCUUCCUCUGAUCUUGCGGCUGGCAGUUCAACUACAACGUCGAGCGCCGCAGCAUCUGACGACCGCAAAAAUGUUAGUUCUAAUUCCUCGUCGUCAACCGGUAACGGAACCUUAUCUACCUCCGCAACAUCGUCAUCCGAGGAACAAGGCGCCAUUCCCUAUUACGAAAAAUAUGCUGGCAUGCCUGUGGACGAAGCGUUGAGUCAAAUGGAGGAAGGUGAAAUCGCACAGUUCCAGCAUGAUAGGUAUGCGGUUCUGCAAAGCCAAGAUCCGACCUUCCAGCCUGCAGUCUGCGAGCAGUUUAGCGCAUUCAACACCUGCUAUCGGGUAGACAUCUUUCAUUACUAUGACAUGGUCUUGUGUUAAUGUACAUUUUUGAUUUUCAGAAAUCGAUAGUGUUGCAAGCUUGUGAGUUUGCGACAAGAAGUACAGUUGUUUCCUUGUUGCAUAGCUCUUUUUCGUAGCAGCGGCUUUCGCGUCUCAGAGAUGCUUUCAUCACUCAGAUCUUUUGCAUAAAUUAAUUUGACAUUUAAUACUGUAACUGUUCAACCUAUUUGUUCCUUAUCACCAGGACACGGGCCUUUUUGGCAUGCACGCUGCUUGCAGUGCCGAUGCCGUGAGACCAGUUGUCGAGGAGCUUAUGUAUGGGAUCAACCGGCUUUCUCACAGUGUCACAGCUGAUGAAGUCGAUAGGGCGAAACGAGAACUGAAGACCAUACUAUUCGCGUCACAAGACAAUACGACGAACAUCGCGGAGGAAAUCGGUCGACAUUUAUUGGUUUAUGGGCGCCGAAUACCACCAGCGGAAAUGGAUGCUCGCCUUUCUGCAAUAACGGUAGACGAUGUGAAACGCGUUGCGCGCCAGUAUUUGCAUGGGAACGAGGUAGCACUUAUUUCGCUUCUAUUAUGCUAUUGCGCUACUGUCUGAGUUGUUGUACUGUAUUUGAAAUUCGAUGUAAAUUUGUAGUUGUCUGUGUCUGUCUAACCACACAUAUCAGAGAAUUUUUGAUUUUAUCUCCUCUCAAAUAAUUUCAAUUCCUGAUGCACCAAUUUCAUUUCAAUCAGUUCUCAUCAAAAAUAAUUGUCAUCAUGACGUAAGUAGAUUUCCAACACCAACUAAAAAUUAUCGCAGAUAUCAGUCACGGCUUUGGGACCUAUCGACGAUAUGCCAUCGUUGGGAGAAAUUAAACGCAUGAAUUCCAUGAAUUUCGAAUGAUUCCAAAGCAUGGAACUUUACACAUGAUGAUCUUUUUUCAAGUUUAUUUUUACAAAUUUCAUGAAGACGCAAUCUGCACACUUUACCAUGAUGAAACAUUGAUGACAGAUUUUGUAGUAUUUGUGUUCAGCCAAAUAUCCUCGAAAUUUAUCGACGCUAUGGGUUUUAGGCGCAUCUGUGCAAAUUGUAUCCAG